AUGAAGUCAUGUUCUUUAAUUAGUAAGGAUUUUUACAGAGAAAUAGUCAAAUCAAACAUUGUACAUACAAAAUUAAAUAUUCUGAGUGGUCGUGCAUUUUUGAAUUGGAGGAGGAAGAAAAUUCUAUCUCCCCUUUCCGACUUCCUUUGCCUCUUAAUUAUCGUUUGUCCCUUUCAUUGCUUAACACUGAAUUUGAUUCCAUUUUCAGAAGCCUUAGAAACACAGGUUUUCUUUGUUCUAUCUAUCUAUCUAUCUAUCUAUCUAUCUAUCUAUCUGUCAGUUUCAUUAUUGUCUGUCUGUCUGUUUGUCUAUCUAUCUAUCUAUCUAUCUAUCUAUCUAGCAGUUUCAUUAUUAUCUAUCUAUCUAUCUAUCUAUCUAUCUAUCUAUCUAUCUAGCAGUUUCAUUAUCUAUCUAUAUAUAUCUAUCUAUCUAGAAGUUUCCUUAUUGUCUAUCUAUCUAUCUAUCUAUCUAUCUAUCUAUCUAUCUAGCAGUUUCAUUAUUAUCUAUCUAUCUAGCAGUUUCAUUAUCUAUCUAUAUCUAUCUAUCUAUCUAGCAGUUUCAUUAUUGUCUAUCAGUCUAUCUAUCAGUUUCAUUAUCUAUCUAUAUAUAUCUAUCUAUCUAGCAGUUUCAUUAUUGUCUAUCAGUCUAUCUAUCUAUCCAGCAGUUUCAUUAUCUAUCUAUCUAUCUAUCUAUCUAUCUAUCUGUUCCAUUUUUAUCAAUCACAGUUUCUUUAUCUAUCUAUCUAUCUAUCUAUCUAUCUAUCUAUCUAUCUAUCUGUUCCAUUUUUAUCAAUCACAGUUUCUUUAUCUAUCUAUCUAUCUAUCUAUCUAUCUAUCUGAUCAAAUAUAUUUAUUAAACGGCAUAUGA